AUGGACUCUUUGGACAUAGCAAAUGCAGAUCUGCUGACUAGAGCUCAUACUUGCCUUAAUAAUCCUAUCUAUUCAUUUCACCUCACACCUUGGAAGCUGUACUUUGAUGGGUCAAAAACUGAUGUAGCUUCUGGCGCAGGAAUUGUUUUGGAAGAACCACUAGGGAUUAGACAUUGUUAUUCUUUCCAGUUAGAUUUCCAGUGCACCAACAACAGGGCUGAAUAUGAGGCUUUAAUAAUUGGCCUAGAAAUGCUGGUAGAAUUAGGAAUCAAAUCUGUGGAAAUUUUGGGAGAUUCUAUGCUUGUGUUGAAACAGAUUGCUGGAGAAUAUAAGUGUCUAAGUCCUUCUUUGGCUGUCUAUUUAGUGGCAACCAGAAACCUUCUUAUAGAAUUCAGAGAAGCCACUUGGGAACAUAUCCCUAGAGAAGAAAACUUUGCAGCCAAUGAAUUGGCUCAGGUAGCAAUAGGUACACAAAUGCCUGAAGACUGUGUGCAAAGGAUCAUCAAGGUAGGAAAGAAAAGUCUACCAUCUGUUCUGACCAGAGGGAUGGAGAUAGAUGUCAAUUCUGCAAUAAUCACUGAAGAUGAUUGGAGAAGUCCUAUCAUAAGUUACUUGCAAUAUCCAACCCUACCUUCUGAGAAAAGAGUCAGAAUCUUGGCUCUAAACUACCUUAUGUGGAAUGGAGACUUUGUCCGAAAAAGCAAAGAUGAGGUACUUCUAAGGUGCCUUGGAAAGAAAGAAUACAUGAAAGUCAUGGGAGAAACUCAUGAAGGAAUUUGUGGAGCUCAUCAAGGAGGAAGAAAGAUGUGCUGGUUAAUUAAGAGGUAUGGCUACUUCUGGCCAACUAUGAUGAAGGAUUGCAUUGACUAUUCUAAGAGGUGUGAGGCUUGUCAAAGGCACGGUCCAAUCCAGCAAGCUCCUUCAGUUCCCAUGAAUCUAGUGAUAAAGCCAUGGCCUGUUAAGUCUACUAUACCUCAAGAGAUCAUCACUUUCAUAGAAGAGUAG